UGCGCUCGGAAGAGGUGAAUGCUCAGAGCCUAUCAGAGGCGUCAGGGUGAGGAUGGCUUUUAUGGUCUGCUCUUUUUCAAACCGGUCUUCACGGCGACAGAGAACAGCAUCAUCCGGUCUGCUGCUCUGACUGAAGCCCGGAGAGAUCAUAUUCAGACACGUUCCUUGCAUCUUGUGUGAGAUCUGAGACAGGAGCAUUCCUUUAGAGUUGAAUCGGAGACAAGCAGCAGAGAGGAUGGGAGGUGGAGGUCGGCAGACGGAUCUGGUAGAACCAGGAAGCGAGAAGGAGACAGGUGUUUACACCUGGGAGGAGGUCCAGAGACACUGCAGCAAGAACGAUCGAUGGCUAGUCAUCAACAGGAAGGUGUAUAACAUCACCCAGUGGGCCAGAAGGCAUCCAGGAGGCUCUCACGUCAUCGGACAUUAUGCUGGAGAAGAUGCCACGGAGGCUUUUACUGCUUUCCAUCCAGAUCAAAAGUUGGUGCAAAAGUUUCUGAAACCUCUGCUGAUUGGAGAGUUGACAGCAACAGAGCCGAACCAGGACCGCGACAAAAAUGCAACAAUCAUAGAGGAUUUUGACCAUUUACGAGCUCAGGUGGAGAAGGAGGGUCUGUUUCAGUCCAGGCCUCUGUUCUUCUGCCUCCAUCUGGGUCACAUCUUGCUGCUGGAGCUCCUCGCCUGGCUGAUGGUCUCCUACUGGGGGACAAGCUGGACGCUGACAUUACUGUGUGCAGUGAUGCUGGCAACCUCUCAAUCACAGGCCGGGUGGCUGCAGCAUGACUUCGGUCACCUUUCUGUCUUCAAGAAGUCCAAGUGGAAUCACCUGGUGCACAAGUUUGUCAUCGGACAUUUAAAGGGCGCUUCAGCGAGCUGGUGGAAUCAUCUGCAUUUCAACCAUCACUCCAAACCAAAUGUCCUGAGUAAGGAUCCUGAUGUCAACAUGUCGGGAAUCUUUGUCCUCGGAAACGUUCAACCUGUGGAGUACGGCAUAAAAAAGAUCAAACACUUGCCUUAUAAUCACCAACAUCAGUACUUCUUUCUCUUGGGACCACCGCUGCUCAUUCCAAUCGUCUUCAACCUGCAAGUACUAAACGUUAUGAUUUCUCGUCGCAACUGGGUGGACCUGUCUUGGUAUUUGUCUUUCUAUGUUCGUUACUUCUACUGUUACGUCCCUCUGUAUGGCCUGUUUGGCUCUCUGGCACUCAUCCUAUUUGUUAGGUUUUUGGAGAGUCACUGGUUUGUGUGGGUGACUCAGAUGAACCAUAUUCCAAUGAACAUUGAUUAUGAGCGGCACCAAGACUGGCUGACCAUGCAGCUACAAGCCACAUGUAACAUUGAGCAGUCCUUCUUCAACGACUGGUUCAGCGGACACCUCAACUUUCAAAUCGAACACCAUUUGUUUCCCAGGAUGCCGCGCCAUAACUACCACCUGGUGGCUCCGCGGGUCCGUGCUCUGUGUGAGAAACACAGGAUCCCCUACCAGCUGAAAACCUUGUGGCAAGCCAUGACUGAUGUUGUCAGCUCACUGAAAUCCUCGGGGGAUCUCUGGCUUGAUGCGUAUCUCCAUAAAUGAUUAGCUGUGAUGAAUUCUAGGUUGCAUCAAAACAAGACUGAUUUAUUUUACUUUGAAAAUCUAUUUAGAAACUUUUGAGCUAGAAACUCUUUUGAGCUCUCGGUUUUUGAAGUAAAACUGGUGCAUGAUUUGUUUUAAGAAAUUUGUCCAGUUAAAACAUUUCAAUAAUAAUGCCCUUUUUAAAUGCUGAUAAAGAAAAACUGUAAAUGAGUACUAAAAACGUUGUUUUUUCUGCAUUAUAAUAAAAAACUAACUGAU